GAGAAAGCAGACAAAGGGAAAGCUAAAUCCGUGACCCGGAUCCGAUAUUAUCGGGUUUUCAAAAUCUAAUUCUGCUUAUCUUCUUCUUCUUCUUCCUGGGUUCUUCCAAAAAUUCAAUUUCACAAAAAGGGCACUGCCCUUUAUCAUGCCUAAAAUUCUCAGGAUCUAAAUAAAACUGUAGAAAAAUGGGUGGAUGUGUGUCAACCCAUUCAAGAGCGAUUAGGCCUCGGAGGAAAGGCCGUCGUAGAUCUUCCAAACACUUUUCUAAAGUGUCUGAUAUUGUUCCUCAUUCUAAUAUUAGAAGGCCUAGUGACGUUGGGAGCCGAGUUUCUUUUGCUAUCUCGCAAGAUGAUGCAUGGUUUGACUCUGUCAGUGUUCUUGAUUCGGAUGAGGAUGAGGACUUCAUCAGCUUACCUGAAGAAAAUGUGCCAUCAGCACCAUCAGCGGGUGGUGCGACGGGUAAUAUACCAAAUGGUCAAGUAGUUCAAUUUGAAUCUUCUUCGUGCAUUGUGGAUGGGAAAGGAAAGUACGAAGAAUACCACGAGACUUACUUGAAGAUAGAUGGGAGUAAAACCGAGAAGUAUGUGACAAAAGGGAUGUACAAGGAUCCGAGUGGUCUCUCUGUUCUUACUGGAAACAACAAGAAGAAACUAAUGGACCAUGCAAGCUUUAAAGGCUUGAAGGAACAGAAACGGAACUCUCAAGAGAAAACUCUGAGAACCAGUCUGAGCCGAUUGAUGCCAACAGUUAGUUUCAAUGACAAGACUCUAAACUCACCCACAUCUCAGAAACGAAAAUCUGCUGUUUAUCGGCUUUCUUUCAAGAGGAGGUCGUGUGAUGGUGAGGAAGUUACUGAGCAACGUAAGUUGCUGUACCGUCCAAAGGCGGGAUUUACAAUUCCUUCCUCAGGCAGAGAAAAGCAGUCCAGCGGAAGUUGGUGUGAGAUACCGCCUUCAACUUUUAAACUCCGUGGAGAAACCUAUUUCAAAGACAAAAAGAAAUCCCCAGCUCCAAAUCAGUGUCCAUACACUCCUAUUGGUGUUGACUUGUUUGUCUGUCCAAGGAAGAUUGAUCAUAUCGCCCAACACAUUGAGCUUCCAAACAUCAAAGCCGAGGCAAAGCUCCCCGCUCUUCUUGUUGUCAACAUUCAGUUACCAACCUAUCCUGCUGCAAUGUUCCUUGGCGACAGUGAUGGAGAAGGCAUGAGCAUUGUACUUUACUUUAAAUUACGAGACAAUUACGAAAAAGAAACCUCUCAGCAGUAUCAGGACAGCAUCAAGAAACUUGUCAAUGAUGAGAUGGAGAAGGUAAAAGGGUUUGCUAAAGACAGCAACGUUGCUUUCCGUGAAAGGCUUAAGAUAGUAGCUGGACUUGUUAACCCCGAAGAUCUAGCCCUAAGCUCUACUGAAAAGAAGCUUGUACAGGCUUACAAUGAAAAACCCGUCCUCUCUCGUCCUCAACACAACUUCUUUAAGGGUCCAAACUACUUUGAGAUUGAUUUGGAUGUACAUCGAUUCAGCUACAUAUCACGAAAAGGACUUGAAGCAUUCAGAGAUCGACUGAAAAACGGAACUCUUGAUCUCGGCUUAACCAUCCAGGCUCAAAAACCAGAAGAACUGCCGGAGCAAGUCCUAUGUUGUCUAAGGCUGAGCAAGAUUGACUUCGUUGACCACGGUCAGAUCCCGAGACUUUUGAUCCCGGAGGAUGGGGAAAAUCAAGUGUAAACCUCAUCUUCUAUCUUCAACCUUUGGAUGAAGAAACCAACCCGGAAGAC